AUGCAUUCUCUGCACAGGAAGGUAGAGCCGGGGGAGCUAGCUGAGGACAAAGCUGACAUGGAGAGCAGCUCUCCAAACCUGGUCAGCUCAGACCCCCAGAGCAGAGUCAAGAGGCAAAAAAAGAAAAGCACUGUGUCCUUGGCCCCAGUGCCCCCAGGCCGUGCCCAAGGCCGACUAAAGGGCCUACCGUCGCCGGCGCUGUGCUGCGCCUGUGGCUUGUGCGUGCUGCUGGCCGGCCUGAACGUGACCCUGGUAGGAGCUUUCGCCGCCUCCCUGCCCGGGCACAACGCGCCACUGAUGGUGGGGCCGGCGCUGCUCGUGGUGGCUCUCGGCUUCUUCGCUGCUUGCUGCGUGUGCAGCCGCCGGGGACCUGUGUCCCGCACGCGCUCCUCAGCCACGGAGGGCCAGGGCGGCGGGCGCGCAAGGACCGUGGCACUGGAGAUGGAGAGCAGCGAGCGCACGGCUCAGGACACUACCGCAGUGCAGCUCAGUCCUGCCGCUUCGGCGGCGUCCUCUGGCCACUCCAGCCCGGGGCCCGGUCUCUUCGCCCUGGACUCUCCUGCGCCAGCAACCUCGGCCGGCUACUUGCCGCGCACCGAAGGGGCUCAGCACAACUUCCCUAGGGACCUGGCUGCCUCUUAG